AUGCGCCCAGAAAUCGAGCAGGAGCUCGCCCACACCUUGUUGGUAGAGCUUCUGGCCUACCAAUUCGCCUCCCCCGUCAGAUGGAUCGAAACACAAGAUGUCAUUCUCGCUGAGAAGCGGACGGAACGCAUCGUCGAGAUCGGUCCCGCAGACACGCUGGGUGGCAUGGCCAGGCGCACGCUGGCAUCGAAAUACGAAGCUUAUGACGCCGCCACAUCGGUACAGAGACAGAUUCUGUGCUACAACAAGGAUGCCGACGAGAUCUACUACGACGUCGAGCCAAUCGAGGAAGAGCCAGAACCAACACAAACCGCGGAAUCCAGCACAUCUGCGCCCUCAGGAACACCCGCCGCCGCCGCUCCGGUUGCCGCUGCGCCUGCCAGUGCCGGUCCGGCCGCCAUGGUGGAGGAUGCCCCCGUCACGGCCCUGGACAUCGUGAGAACUCUGGUUGCACAGAAAUUGAAGAAGACUUUGACGGAAAUCCCAAUCAGCAAAGCCAUUAAAGACUUGGUCGGAGGAAAAUCGACCUUGCAGAAUGAAAUCCUCGGUGAUUUGGGCAAGGAAUUUGGCUCAACGCCAGAGAAGCCUGAAGAUACCCCGCUUGACGAGCUCGGUGCCUCCAUGCAGGCCACCUUCAACGGCCAGCUCGGUAAGCAAUCGUCUUCCCUCGUCGCCCGCAUGGUUUCCUCCAAAAUGCCCGGUGGCUUCAAUAUCACAGCCGUGCGCAAAUAUCUUGAAACACGAUGGGGAUUGGGCCCUGGCAGACAGGACGGAAUUCUUCUUUAUGCAUUGACUUCUGAGCCGCCGUCACGUCUGGGAUCCGAUGCCGAUGCCAAGGGGUAUUUGGAUGGUAUCGCAAACAAGUAUGCUGCCAAUGCCGGCAUCAAUCUCUCAGCCCCUACUAGUGGCGGAGACUCGGGUGCUGGCGGUGGUGGUAUGAUGAUGGACCCUGCCGCCAUCGACGCACUAACAAAAGACCAGCGCGCAUUGUUCAAGCAGCAAUUGGAAUCUAUCGCUAGCUACCUGAAAGUGGACCUGCGUGCCGGCGACAGAGCCUUUGUGGCGUCUAUUGAAAGCCAAAAGGCACUUCAAGCACAACUAGACUUGUGGCAGACAGAGCAUGGUGAUGUUUAUGCAUCCGGAAUAGCGCCUUCCUUCGAUUCGUUGAAAGCUCGCAUUUACGAUUCCUCGUGGAAUUGGGCUCGCCAGGACGCACUGAGCAUGUAUUAUGACAUCAUCUUCGGCAGACUGCAGGUCGUCGACCGUGAAAUCGUCAGUCAGUGUAUUCGCAUUAUGAACCGUUCCAACCCACUCCUACUCGAUUUCAUGCAGUAUCAUAUCGACAAUUGCCCUACUGAGAGAGGCGAGACGUAUCAGCUUGCCAAGGAGCUGGGACAGCAGCUUAUUGAAAACUGCAAAGAAGUUAUUGAAGUGCCCCCUGCUUAUAAAGAUGUCGCCGUUCCAACUGGUCCUCAAACGACUGUCGACGCCCGCGGCAACAUUUCAUACCAAGAAGUGCCUCGAGCCAGCGCCCGCAAGCUGGAACAUUACGUGAAGCAGAUGGCCGAAGGUGGCCCGAUCUCUGAAUAUAGCAAUCGCACAAAGGUGCAGAACGACCUCCGCAGCGUCUAUAAGCUUAUCCGCAGACAGCACAGAUUGUCCAAAUCUUCACAGCUCCAAUUCAAUGCCCUCUACAAGGAUGUCUUGCGUGCUCUCGCUAUGAACGAAAACCAAAUUAUGCCCCAGGAGAACGGCAGCGCAAAGAAAACCGGCCGUCAAGCCAAAACCAGUUCCCCGCUCCGCCCCGGCAAAGUUGAAACCGUUCCUUUCCUUCACUUGAAGAAAAAGGACGAGCGCGGCUGGGAAUACAGCAAGAAGCUAACUGGUAUCUAUUUGGACGGUCUUGAGUCUGCUGCGCGAGCUGGUAUUACUUUCCAAGGAAAGAAUGCCCUUAUGACUGGUGCUGGUGCUGGUUCCAUCGGUGCAGACGUCCUGCAAGGCUUGAUAAGUGGAGGCGCCAAAGUCGUCGUGACUACCAGCCGUUUCUCCCGUGAAGUGACGGAAUACUACCAGAGUAUGUAUGCUCGGUACGGCGCAAGAGGAUCUCAGCUUGUCGUCGUUCCUUUCAACCAAGGUAGCCAGCAAGAUGUCGAAGCCCUGGUUGAUUACAUUUACGAUACCAAGCAGGGUCUGGGCUGGGAUCUUGACUAUAUCGUACCAUUCGCAGCCAUUCCAGAAAAUGGCCGUGAGAUCGAUAGCAUCGAUUCCAAAUCUGAACUCGCCCAUCGCAUCAUGUUGACGAACCUCUUGCGACUCCUUGGAGCCAUCAAAACCCAGAAGGCAGAGCGUGGCUUUGUGACACGUCCUGCACAGGCCAUCCUGCCUCUUUCACCUAACCACGGCACCUUUGGUAACGACGGUCUUUACUCUGAGUCUAAAUUGGCCCUAGAAACACUGUUCAACCGCUGGCACUCGGAGAACUGGGCCAGCUAUCUGACCAUCUGUGGUGCAGUCAUUGGCUGGACCCGUGGAACCGGUCUCAUGAGUCCAAAUAACAUGAUUGCCGAAGGUGUUGAAAAACUCGGUGUUCGCACCUUUUCUCAGCAAGAAAUGGCUUUCAACCUUUUGGGUCUCAUGGCCCCCGCCAUUGUCGACCUUUGCCAGACCGAACCUGUGUUUGCUGAUCUGAACGGUGGUCUGCAAUUUAUCCCCGAUCUCAAGGAUCUCAUGGCCCGUCUACGCAAGGAAAUUAUGGACACAAGUGCCCUUCGCCAAGCCGUGAUCAAGGAAACUUCCAUUGAAAACAAGAUUGUUAAUGGAGAAGAUAGCGAGGCUCUUUACAAAAAGGUUGUCACGGAGCCCCGAGCCAACCUCAAAUUUCCGUUCCCCGAGCUUCCCAACUGGGAUGACGAAAUCAAACCUCUCAACGAAUCGCUCCGAGGCAUGGUCAAUCUUGACAAGGUUGUCGUUAUUACUGGUUUUGCUGAAGUUGGCCCUUGGGGUAACUCGCGCACUAGAUGGGAAAUGGAGGCACAUGGCAAGUUCUCCCUGGAAGGCUGCGUGGAAAUGGCCUGGAUGAUGGGUUUGAUCAAGAACCACAAUGGUCCACUGAAGGGCAAGCCAUACUCUGGCUGGGUAGACUCCAAGACCGGAGAACCUGUCGACGACAAAGAUAUCAAGGGCAAGUACGAAAAGUACAUCCUUGAACACUCGGGUAUUCGUCUCAUCGAGCCGGAGCUCUUCAAAGGAUACGACCCGAACAAGAAGCAGCUGCUCCAAGAAGUUGUCAUUGAAGCGGACUUGGAGCCAUUUGAGACUUCUAAGGAAACUGCUGAAGAGUUCAAGCGCGAGCACGGGGAUAAGGUUGAAAUCUUUGAGAUUCCUGAUUCGGGGGAGUACACCGUUAGAAUCAAGAAAGGUGCAAACCUUUGGAUUCCAAAGGCUCUUCAAUUUGACCGUCUGGUUGCCGGUCAAAUCCCUACUGGUUGGGAUGCUAAGAGAUACGGUGUUCCCGAUGAUAUCAUCGACCAAGUCGACCCUGUCACUCUUUACGUUCUUGUCUGCACUGCCGAGUCUCUACUUUCUGCUGGUAUCACCGAUCCCUACGAGUUCUACAAGUAUGUGCAUUUGUCUGAAGUUGGCAACUGUAUUGGUUCCGGUGUUGGUGGUACUACUGCUUUACGAGGCAUGUACAAAGAUCGGUUCCUCGACAAGCCGAUUCAAAAGGAUAUUUUGCAAGAGUCUUUCGUCAACACCAUGGCUGCUUGGGUUAACAUGCUUCUUUUGUCUUCUACUGGGCCUAUCAAGAGUCCUGUUGGUGCCUGCGCCACCUCUGUGGAGUCUCUUGAUAUCGGUUACGACACCAUUGUUGAAGGAAAGGCACGUGUUUGUCUCGUCGGUGGAUUUGAUGACUUCCAAGAAGAAGGAUCAUACGAAUUCGCCAACAUGGGUGCCACCAGCAAUGCCAAGGACGAAUUCAAACGGGGGCGAACCCCACAAGAAAUGUCCCGCCCGACAUCGACCACCCGUAACGGAUUCAUGGAGUCUCAAGGUUGUGGUAUCCAGGUCCUGAUGACUGCACAGCUUGCCUUGGACAUGGGUGUCCCCAUCUAUGGUGUUGUUGCAGCAACCACCACUGCCACUGAUAAAAUCGGUCGCUCUGUCCCUGCUCCUGGGCAAGGUGUGCUUACCGGAGCUCGCGAGAACCCUGGACAAUUCCCGUCGCCGCUGCUCGACAUCAAAUACCGUCGUCGUCAGCUCGAGAUUCGCCGUCAGCAAAUCAAACAGUGGCAAGAAUCAGAGCUGCUUUACUUGCAAGAGGAAGUCCAGGCAAUCAAGAGCCAAAGCUCAGAGUCAUUCAGCGAGGCCGAUUACCUGCAAGAACGAGCCGAGCACAUCCACCGAGAGGCUAUCCGUCAAGAAAAAGAAGCCCAGAGCAGCUUUGGCAAUGAGUUCUGGCAUCGCGACUCUCGUAUUGCGCCGUUGCGUGGUGCACUAGCCACAUGGGGAUUGACCAUUGAUGAUCUCGAUGUCGCUUCUUUCCAUGGAACGUCUACAGUUGCUAACGAUAAGAACGAAUCGGAUGUUAUCUGCCAACAACUCAAGCACUUGGGUCGCAAGAAAGGAAACGCUGUUUUGGGUAUUUUCCAGAAGUACUUGACUGGCCAUCCUAAGGGUGCCGCUGGCGCCUGGAUGCUGAACGGCUGCCUCCAGGUUUUGAACAGUGGUAUCAUCCCUGGAAACCGAAAUGCAGACAAUGUUGACAAGGUCAUGGAGAAAUUCGACUUGAUUGUCUAUCCCAGUCGGACCAUCAAGACCGAUGGUGUCAAGGCAUUCUCUGUCACUUCGUUCGGAUUCGGACAAAAGGGUGCCCAGGCUAUUGGUAUCCACCCCAGAUACCUCUUUGCAGCACUGGACAAGGCCCAAUUCGAUUCGUAUAAGGCCAAGGUCGAAGCACGUCAAAAGAAAGCAUACCGUUACUUCCACAAUGGGUUGAUCAACAACUCUAUCUUCCAGGCGAAGAGCAAGGCUCCGUACGAAGACAAGCAACAGAGCGAAGUCUUCCUCAACCCAGACUACCGUGUCACGCUUGACAAGAAGACUUCAGAGCUCACCUUCCCUUCCGUCGCCCCCAAGAGCGAGACCGACCAGACGGAAAAGACUCGUAAGAUGGUCGAGUCUCUGGCCGCAGCCACAGCCAUGCCCAACUCCCGAGUCGGCGUCGAUGUCGAGCACGUUGAUGCCAUCAAUAUUGAAAACGAAGUCUUUGUGGAGCGCAAUUUCACUGAAGCUGAGCAAGAAUAUUGCCACAAAGCACCGUCGCCGCAGGCCUCAUUCGCCGGCAGAUGGAGCGCCAAGGAGGCAGUUUUCAAGUCCCUUGGAGUUCCAUCUAAGGGAUCCGGUGCGCCAUUGAAAGAAAUUGAAAUCACAAACGACGCCAAUGGUGCUCCUACUGUAAAUCUUCAUGGAGCGGCUGCCGAAGCUGCCAAGCUUGCCGGUAUCAAAUCCGUCAUUGUCAGCAUUAGCCACAGCGAUUCCCAGGCUAUUGCUGUUGCUGUGUCAAAAUAUUAA